GUCUUCGCCCCCCGGAGGAGCCCGCCCUGCCCCCUCCCGUUCCGGAGGUCCCGGUGCGUCGCCGCGUCCCCCGUCGUCGCCCUCCACCCAUUGUGGACCCCCUGCCCCACAUCCCCACCAAGCUCUUCCGGGCGCAGCUGCUCCAGCCCUAUGCCCACUGUCAGCCCCCGGUGCUGCUGGAGCCACCCCACAGGUUCCGCCGCCCUCCAAGUGAGCUCCUGAAUGCCCCGACUCACGAUUGGCUGCCCCCCGAGCUGUGGGAGCUGUGGAGCCGCUGUGCCCAGCGUCCUGCCGUGCCCGUGGCCCCACCCCCGGAGCUGCCCAGCGACAUGGAGGUGCUUCGGGAGGCCCUGGAGCCAAGUCUGCCCCCCCUGCUCUCAGAACUGUCCCUGGAGCCCCUGGAGGAGGAGCCACUGGAGAGACGGUGAGUGGGGCGUGGCUGGGGCAGGGGUGU